AUGAAGAAAAUAAAACUUGAUAUUUUCAAUAAUAUAGAAGAUAUAAAAGAUUCAAAAGAUAUAAAUAAUAUAGAUGAAGAAAUGGAAGAUAUAGAUGAUGCAAUUAGUAUAGAUAAUAAUGAUAUAGAUAAUACAGAUAAUGUAAAAAAUAUGGAAGGUGUAGAAAAUGAGGCCACUAAUAUUGCUACAAAUAAUAAUAGACUUAUUAAAAAAUUACCUGUAUGGGAUUACUUUGAUGAAGAAAAUGUUAAAGGCAAAAUUGUUGCAAAAAUAUGUAAAAAAUACAGACAAAGAUAUA